CAAACACUGGUGAUUGUGGAAAAUAUUAAAUAAUUGGUAGAGGUCUGAAAUUGUUUUGCAUUGCUGAUUCAUUCACAAAGACUUUGAAGCAGCCCCUGCUCAUUUCUUUCAAUUUGUGAUUGAUGAAUAUAUUCCCCGUUAUCACUUAGCCUUAUAGGUGCUUAAUGUCUGUCCUCCAGUCGACCUUGUGUUUUACCUUUUUGCUUGCAAUGGAUGGAGUUCUCGACGUCACCUUCGUGGGAUUAACUGUGCGCUCAUCGUCACGCAAGGAAGAGCGGUUCUCUUUACUGGCAAGGCAAACGCAAGGUAAGACCGCAUGGUCAUUGCAGUAUUAACGGGUUUGUCCGGGGAAGCGAUGCUUCUUUCAGUUUCGGAUUCCAAGCCCCCAACAAAAGACCUGUUGAUGCGUGUCGAUUAAAAAAAAUACAUCCCAUAUAAACAUCUGGACGCUUGCGUCCUAGAAAUCGCCUAUGAACAAUGAGUAACUUGCAACCAAUAGACAGCCUGAUUAAAGUAGAAGGAGGCUCGCCGCUGACAGCAGGGACGGUAUCAAAGGGAGCUGGGACGCGGAAAGCGCUCCAUUCUCGAGGCUGCACGCAAGCUGAGAGUGUCUUCAAUCUGAACAACCAUGAACACUGCCCGCUGUGUCAUCUUCAUGGGAGUCGUCAUUCUGGUAACUCAGCAAGGAUUGCCAGUUGAUAGCUAUGGGGACUCCCAUCUGGAUGGAGUUCUGGCGAAUAUCACAGUGCGCCAAGGGGAGACUGUCUUCCUCAGGUGCCCACAGGAUGAUGAAAAAACUCUCUCAGCCUGGCUGAACCGCACAAAUCUUCUCUACACGGGAGAGACAAAGUGGACGACUGACCGGAGAGUUAGCCUGGAGCUCCUGAGCAGGAGUGAGUUUGUCAUCAGGAUCGAUGAUGUGGGCAUUCAAGAGGAUGGGCAGUACGUCUGUGUGUCACAGACCCCCCGUGGGAUGCGGAAGACAGUGGUUUACGUUAUUGUCCAAGUCCCUCCCAAGAUCACAUUUUUAACGGAGGACAUGGCACUAAUGGAGGGCUCCGACGUCAGUCUGAUGUGUUCCGCCAGCGGAAACCCCGAACCCACCAUAAGCUGGAAACGAGUGUCACCCACAGCGUAUUCCCUUGUUUCCGAGGAUGGAUACUUGGAAAUCAAGGAUAUUUCCAGGCACAGAGCGGGAACAUAUGAGUGCUCAGCAAUCAAUGACGUAUCUACAGAUGCAAAAACUAUUGAGUUAAAAGUCAACUAUCCUCCUACCUUGAUGGAGGUGAAGGAUGUUGGUGUUCCCGUUGGCCAGCAGGCUGUCCUUGGUUGUGAAGCGGAGGCUGAACCUGCAGCAAAUUUUGAGUGGUACAAAGAUAAUGAAAGGGUGAUGAGUGGCUCUUACAACUCUGAGGUAGAAAGCCAGGGCAAACUUUCAAAGCUGAUCUUCUUCAACGUGUCAGAGGCUAAUUACGGAAACUAUUCAUGUGUUGCCAAAAACAACCUUGGUAUUGCAAAUGCAAGCAUGGUUCUCUAUGCUACCAAACGCUCUGUUUUACAAGAAUCUUCAUGGCUCAUGUCAGUGCAGGAGAGGAGCGGAGGCACCAUGAUGGAAUAUUCCCUCACCAGUCUACUCGUCAUCGUCCUCGCUCAGGUCUUGCUGAAGUUUUGAUGUCGUCCUUGACCAGAAGGAUGCCAGCUUUGGUGUGAUGUGUUAUUCUUAUAGACUGUAGAAUGAUGCCUUCAAGCACAAAAGUAAUAUUUAUUAGCAAUGAUUUUUGUUUUUGCAAUCUAAUAUCAAAUUAUGAUCAGCUAAUAUGUUUCUUUUGGACUGAUUGUGUCAUUACUGAGUAUACCUUCAUGGAAUUAUAUCAAUGCCGAAUAAUAGCUUUCAAGGUAAAUACAAUAUGAAAUUGUUUUGUCACCUCUCAUCAACGUUGAACAUUUUGAUGGUGAGCAUUUGUCAGUAAUAUUUAGUGUUUACUGAGAAAUAUUUGAUUUAAACCUUCAGUUCUUCUUGCUUUUUUGGUACUAAAUCUAGUGUUUUGUUUAUUUUUGUUUGCUUACAUGGCAUAUGUAAGAGAUCGUGUUAUGCACAUCUUACUUAAGUUUUUUAAUUGCUAAGUAAUGAUCAUUCAGUUUCACAGAGUAUCUGAGCAAGGCAUCUGAUUAUUAUUUCGUGAUCGGAAAGCACUCCUUGGAUGAUGCUAAUAUAUAAUAUAAAGAAAUUGGUGAUGGAAGAAAUACUUUUGGACAAAGUAAUUUGUUAGUAUUUUUUUUCAUGUGAAAUACUAUUAAUGAUUCAUACUUUGUCACCGUAGUCUUCAGUCUAUGUUGUUGUCUGAUGCUGCUAAAAUAGGCUUUCAGCUGCAAGUACCACCUUCAAAAGCUGUGGCCUAUUCACCAAACCCAUGGUUACAAUGAUGAACUGUACUGCACAGAUUUUGGUUUCAUGCAAACCUAUAUGCACUGAAUUUAUGCACUAAAUUGUGGCAAUAUGCAAAAAAAAGAAAUGGAUUUAUUAACACUGAAGUAAUUUAUUUAAAUAUUCUGAAUAUGUUAAAAUCCCCAGUUAAAAAUUUUGAUGUGUUUUCCAGUACCAGCCUUAGCCGAUGUGGCACCCCAGGCGAUCAUCAAUGCUGCCCCCCCCUACCGAGGCAAACUGAAAUUGGGGGCAAGUCGGCGCCCUAGGCGGCCGCCUAUGUUGCCUGUAGGAUUGACCGGCCCUGGUGUGCUCUAAGUAAAAUAUUACUUGUUGGUGUAUAUGGUAAACUUUGCAUGUCACAUUUUGGUGCAUAUGUUUGUUUGUUGAAGAAGGGAAUGUUUUGUUUGUCCAGAAGCAUUGUAUAGAUAAAUCCCAACACAAAGGCUCCCAAAAUGAAAACAAAUAUGCAACCAAACAAGCAUCAAUGAAUAAAUCAAUAAUGAAUGUGCAUAAUACAUCGCAGGUGGUAUACUAAAUACACUGUUGAGAUGUCCUUCUAGUAAUAUUCUGUGAUGGGUUAACGUAUUUGUUUCAUUCCAAAUAAAAAACACACA